GGGUCUGUGGCUUCAUGCCCUCACUGACGUCAUCACUCGGCGCCGGCUCUCGGUGAUUGCUGACCAGGAAGUGACUGACGACAUGGAAAAUGGUGGACGCCCAUCUUUUGGCCAGGUCAUUCUCUUGGCGACCAGUUCAGCUGCGACUGCACUUUUCUACUCCAUUUACCGCCAUAAAUACAGCGCAGCACAGACGCUGAAGGGCGCAAAGAAAAUCUCCCUGAACGAUGACAUACAUAACUUACUCAUGGACCUGCCUGGUCGGUGUGUGCCAUUUGCCGUGAUCGAAGGGGUCGUAAAGUCUGUUAAGGAGUCUCUAAAUAGUCAGUUUGUGGAAAAUUGUAAGGGAGUAAUCCAGAGGCUCUCACUGAAAGAGCACAAGAUGGUGUGGAACAGAACCACGCACCUCUGGAAUGAUCACGAGAAAGUUAUCCAUCAGAGAACAAACACAGUGCUCUUUGACUUGGUUCCUGAUGAUGGUGUAGCUGCAGUGUCGGUGAGGGUCGUGAAACCAUUAGAUGCUGCUGAGCUGGGACUGGAGACUGUGUAUGAAAAGUUUCACCCCGCGGUGCAGUCCUUCACAAACGUUCUGGGUCAUUACAUCAUCGGCGAGCGCCCCAAAGGAGUGCAAGAGACAGAGGAAAUGCUUAAAAUCGGUGCAACCAUAACAGGCAUUGGGGAGUUAGUCCUGGAUAACAAGAUAAUAAAGCUGCAGCCCCCCAAAGCGGGCAUGCAGUAUUAUCUCAGCAAUCUGGAUUUUGAGGGAUUGUUGAAGAAGCAGGAGUCUCAAGUCCGACUGUGGCGCGUUCUCAGCUUGCUAUUUGGCAUCGCUACUUGCGUCACUCUCUUCUUUAUACUGAGACGUCAAUAUCGCCAUCACAAGGAGAAGCAGCGUCGGAAGAAUCUGCAGAGAGAGUUCCAAGAAGCAAAAGCACGGUUAGAAGAAGAAGGAGGUGAUGAUGUCCGAAACCCGUGUGUUAUUUGCCUUAGCAAUGAGAAAUCCUGCGUGUUCCUAGAUUGCGGUCACGUGUGCUCCUGCUAUGACUGCUAUCAGGCUCUCCCAGGCCCCAAACAGUGCCCUAUCUGUAGAAAUAACAUAUCCAGAAUGGUUCCUCUGUAUAACAGUUAAAACCCAGGGUGGUGGAUCUCUCUCUGUAUACCUGCAGUAAUCUGAAAAUGGUUAACACAGAACUCUGGCCUUUACUGCCUGACUGCGCAGCCUGAACGCUCUAAGAAUGUGAGUGAAAUGUGACAGACUGAAUCCAUUCUAUUCCAGUACGACAUUCAUUUGGAAACCAAAGAUCUAAAAUAAAAGGACCUUAUCUGCGCGACAUAUGAAAUAUCUUUAUAGUUUAUAAGAACCAAUGCCAAAGACUAAAGAGGAUUAUGUACUUUUAAAUAGAUAUUUUCUGUGUGAAAAUAAAGAAGGAAAACAAACCUGUUUCACAGACACCAUUUUAGUUACUAGAAUGGAUUUCAGGUUUCUCCACCCAUAAUUCUUUUAUUUUUUUAAAUCCCUAGAAUUAAUGUGAUGUGUGACAUCAGGUGAGUUUUGGAUAAAUCUCCUAUUAAGUGUGUCAGUGGCUUGUAUGGGAUUACACCCCCUCUCCACGUUUCACAUUGAUGUCCUGCGAGCUUCCAUGCCUUCAGAAUGAUCCAGAUUUAUAGCGAGUGUUAAAACUUACCAGAUCAAAGGAAGGACCCUAACAUUUAUUAACAUUCUGUGUUAAUUGUCCUCUCUGAGAGGGUCUGAAAACCAGAAUUCCUAAACCAGCAGCAACACCCCCACGGUGUGCUUUAUAACUGACUGUAAAUAUGGUGCAUUAAAGUGGCAAUGUCACAAAUGAUGUAAAUGGAGUUAUUUCUCUCUGUAUUAUAGGGAAUAUGGGGCUACUAAUGAUAUGGUGCCAGAAUUAGAUCCAGGGCCUUGCACAGAUAUCUCAUUGAGCUGCAUUGGGAAGUCUGUGAUUGGACGGUAAUGUUAGAAGGGGAGG